AUGGAAAUCGGACAUGAUAAAUAUAAAUUAGCACCAGGUUUACCAACACUAUUCAUACAUGAUAUUCAAAACGACGAACCAAAAUCAUUAACAGAAAUAGCUCGACUUCAAAGCGUAAAUGGUGGACAAGGACUAUUAAAAUGUAAUUGUAAAGGUGGUUAACUUGUUCAAUACGUUGAAAAUUUCACCGGUCCUAAUAUAAUGGCCAUGCAUACGAUGUUGAUUAACAAGCCACCAGAUGUGGGAAAGAAAACAUCCCGACAUCCACUUCAUCAAGAUUUGUAUUUCUUUCCAUUUCGACCAGCCGAUCGUAUUGUAUGCGCAUGGACGGCAAUGGAGCACACAUAUCGUGAAAAUGGAUGCCUUGCUGUCUUGCCUGGCACACAUAAAGGUACACUGGAACAACAUAUAUAUCCAAAGUGGGAGGGAGGCGUCAACAAAAUGUUUCGUGGUAUUGAGAAUUUUGAUUCUAAUCAAGAGAGACAAUAUUUAGAAAUGUGGGAAGGUGAUACAGUCUUGUUCCAUCCAUUACUUAUUCAUGGUAGUGGUACAAAUCGAACAUCAGGAUUUCGAAAGAUCAUUACGUGCCAUUAUGCUGAUUCAUCAUGUCAUUAUAUUGAAUUUGAAGAUUUUCAAAAGCCUAUGGCUAACGAAUACAGAGAUAUGUAUCGCAAACGAAUAGAUCUUCACGACACGACCAUUCAAGAUCUCUGGAAACAUCGUAGUCGACUGGUCCAAGGCAAACGAGUCAAUCUUUAA